CGCUAAAUUAAGUUCCACGGCGAUCCACAGUUGCGUUUUGUGUGCAUAGCGCCGUAGUGCAACCUGGCACCGCUACGGCAAAUGACGCAUGUGUAACAUAUUUCUGCUGACAUCUUCGUAUUACCCAUCGGAAAAAGGGCCGAAUAUUAGAACAACCACAGGUGAAGAUUACCUAGUACGAAGAGUCGGCGAAGCAGACACUUUAGCACCUCUCUUAUCAAAGUGGCUUGGAAGUUCCCUUAACCAUGUGGCUCCGCCUAUAAUUCUUGAGUUUAAACUCUGUUGGAAUUAAACUUUGGAGCGCCCAUAAAGGGAUGGCAGGAAAA